AAGUGGAGGAAAAAGAAAAGGAAAAAGAAAAAGGAAGUGUUUACGGUGUUGAAUUCAUAUAAAGAAAGUCAAGCUCACUACUCAACGUUGAGAUCAUUAAGUUAUUGCUUCUGUUUCGUUUACAAAUUAUGUGCUUGCGGGAUUUGAAUCUCAAUAUAGGAAUUAUUCUCAAAUUGCUAUGGAGGAGGACGACCUACUUCUACCCGUAUAGAAAUUAUAAUGAUAAUAAUGACUGCUAAACUCUGGGAUAAGCAGAACUGUUUGCCCAUAAUAUUAAACAUUAUCUUCUGAUUUUGAGCAUAAUAUAUUUAUCUAUUAUUAUAACUUUUCUUUGAUAGUCGCAAUAGACCUCCGAGCUGGAAGACAUGGGGUUCAUCAAAUGGGUCUUUUUCAUUUUUGCUCUUUGUGCGAGUGGUUCAACACCUAUAUUGUCGGAUUCUUCUUUCAAUUCAAAUGGACUCUCACGAAUUCCGUCAAAGUUACUUAACUUUGCCAAGAAACCUGAGCUGUUUGAUUGGAUGGUGGGAAUCCGAAGGAAAAUACACGAAAAUCCAGAACUGGGUUAUGAGGAAUUUGAGACUAGUAAGCUAAUAAGAGCAGAAUUAGACAAAAUGGGCAUCUCUUAUAGAUACCCGGUGGCCAUUACCGGUGUUAUCGGCUUUGUUGGGACUGGCAAACCUCCUUUUGUAGCGCUAAGAGCAGAUAUGGACGCUUUGGCUAUGCAGGAAAUGGUGGAGUGGGAGCACAAGAGUAAAAUCCCUGGGAAGAUGCAUGCUUGUGGACAUGAUGCCCAUGUUGCAAUGCUUCUUGGUGCUGCCAAGAUUCUUAAAGAACAUCAGAAAGAUCUACAGGGAACAGUUGUUCUUGUAUUCCAACCAGCUGAGGAAGAAGGUGGAGGGGCUGAGAGAAUUUUAGAAGCUGGAAUGCUAGAGAAUGUUGAUGCAAUAUUUGGGAUGCAUGUAGAACCUAGCUUACCAGUAGGUGAAGUGUUCACCAGACCUGGUCCUUUAUUGGCUGGGGGUGGGUAUUUUGAAGCAGUAAUAAGUGGGAAAGGUGGUCAUGCUGCCAUUCCUCACCACUCUGUUGACCCAAUAUUGGCUGCUUCAAAUGUGAUUGUUAGCUUGCAACAUCUUGUUUCACGUGAAGCUGAUCCCCUAGACUCACAGGUGGUAACAGUGGCAAAAUUCCAAGGAGGUGGUGCUUUUAAUGUGAUUCCUGAUUCGGUUACAAUUGGUGGUACUUACCGUGCCUUUUCAAAAGAAAGCAUCACGCAACUCAAGCAACGUAUUGAGGAGGUUAUCACUGGUCAGGCUGCUGUGCAGAAAUGCAAUGCUACAGUCAAUUUCCCUGAAAGCUUCCCUCCAACCAUAAACAGCGAGGCCUUGCACGAGCACUUUCAUAAGGUAGCAGGUGAAAUGCUUGGCAUACAUAGAGUUAAAGACAUGCAACCAUAUUUGGGAUCUGAGGAUUUUGCGUUCUACCAAGAGGCAAUACCUGGAUGCUAUUUCUUCCUUGGAAUGAAGAAUGAGACACUUGGACGGCUUGAAUCAGAGCAUUCACCUUACUUCCAAAUCAAUGAAGAUAUACUUCCUUUUGGUGCUGCACUUCAUGCCUCAUUGGCUACUAGUUAUCUGUUUGAAUUCCAACCAGAAGUUCAUUUACAGGAAGGAAAAUAUGAUGAUGAAUUCUGAUUAUUUAAAUGACUGACUCCCCUUUCUGAUAUAACUUAAUCUCGGUUCAGAGACCAUGGACCCUCUUGGGGUUCCACUCUUGUACUUUACUUCUGUAAAAUUUUAUUUUUCUAUUAAUUAAUCUCAGGAUCUAGUAAUCAAUACAUAAA